UAAAGACAAAAAAAUGGAAGGUGGCUGUGUCACUACCUUUUGGAUUGGCCAAUCAAAAUUUGUUGAUUGGCUAUCUUCAAAAUAAUCAUAGCAACAGUGAAGCUUCUAUUGACAAGAGAAGCUCCUUAAUCAAUCCUUGUAAGUUUUUUUUCUGACCCACAAAACCAGUGAAGAGGUGCUGCUGUUACAUAUCAUCUCUGGGGGGUUGUAAACGUAAUACAGUAGCUUUGCAACAGACAUGGAAACAGCCUCAGACUAUGCAGCAUUCAUGGAGAGAUUCAUCUUGCCACCAACUUCUUCUUCCAUUGAUCUUCCUUUGAAUUCACUCACCUUUGCAGUUAAAGACAUAUUUGAUGUGAAAGGGUAUGUAGCUGGAUUUGGGAAUCCUGAUUGGGCAAAGACUCAUGAGGUUGCUACUUCUACUGCUCCAACAGUUUUGGCUCUCCUUAGUGCUGGUGCCACUUGUGUUGGUAAAACUGUCAUGGAUGAAAUGGCUUACAGUAUAAAUGGAGAAAAUAUACACUAUGGAACACCGAGAAAUCCUUGUGCAGAAGACCGAGUUCCUGGAGGAUCUUCUAGUGGUUCUGCUGUUGCAGUUGGUGCAAAGCUUGUUGAUUUCUCUUUAGGAACUGAUACAGGAGGAAGUGUAAGAGUGCCUGCAUCGUAUUGUGGGAUUUUCGGUUUUCGUCCAUCUCAUGGCGCUAUCUCAAAAUUAGGAGUUGUUCCUAUGGCACAAAGUUUUGAUACUGUAGGAUGGUUUGCUAGGGAUCCAAAGAUUUUAAGCAGAGUUGGACAUGUACUUUUACAAUCUCCACAGGUCACACCUGUUAGACCUACUCAGGUUAUCAUCGCAGAGGAUUGUUUUCAGCUUUCAAGCGUUCCUUACGAUGUAGUUCCACAGACUGUCAUCAAAGCAGUACAGAAGUUGUAUGGAGAUGAUGUAUUAAGGCGUGAAAUACUCGGUGAAUAUGUGAAGGCCAAAGUUCCGGGUUUGAAACAUUUCAUGACUGAUGAAAACACAAAUCAAGUAUACAACAUUGCGUCACUUGCUGCACUUUCAAGUGCGAUGCGAUUGCUUCAGAGGUAUGAAUUUAAGAAUAACCACAGUGAAUGGAUCAAUGCAGUCAAACCUGAUUUAGGUCCCGGAAUUUCAGAACGUGUAUCAGAUGCCCUAAGCACAACAGGGGAGGGUAUCGAUAUUUGUCAUUCUAUAAAAGGGGAGUUGCAUGCUGCUCUUACUUCUCUUCUUGGGGAUUUAGGUGUUCUCGUGAUCCCAACGGUUCCGGGGCCUCCACCUAAACUACAAACAAAUUCAUCUGAAUUAGAUAUUUUUCGCGCAAGAGCUUUUAGUCUUCUGUCCAUUGUUGGAGUUUCUGGAUUUUGCCAGGUAAGCAUACCGCUAGGAUUGUAUAAUGACCUUCCUGUAUCAGUUUCUCUGGUGGCCAGGAAUGGUGCAGAUGGAUUCUUGCUUCACCUUGUUGAGAGUAUUUAUGAUAACAUUGAAAAGUAGGAACUGGCAUAGCUGACAGCAUAAUUAAGUUACUUUUUUGUAACUGCAAUGAAAGUCUGUGUAAGCAAAUUUUUGUCAUGAUCUAGAUGAACAUCUAUAUCAAUGUGUUUGUUUUUUUCGUAAAAGACUAUGUUUGAGACUAUAUGAAUGACAUUGGUGUUGUCGCAGAAAAUGGUGAUAGGUUGUAGAUGUUGUAUUGAAAAAUCCUUUAGUAGAUAUAGUAACCAUUGAGAUUCACAUUAAGUGUUUGUGAAAGCUCUACUAUACUCAACUUCUGAGGAGGAUCUUGAGACCAAUUGUUGUUUUUUUUGCUUUUCUAGCUAAUGAGACUUGUGCUAAGGUAAAUAUUGAAGCAUGUUGUUGAUCUUCUAGUCGUUGGGGGGCACCCCAAUCUGAGUCAGUGAAGCCUAUCAAGGUAAAACUUGAAUCAAUGUUGAAGAAGAGACCCAUAAAUGGUAUAUUCUUGUUGUUGCUUGCAUGUGUGUAGUGAAUGGUUUUGACAAUAAUGAGCUCAAAUGGUAAUCUUGAAGAAAUGUGGGAGGUUUGAAAAUUCUUUCUUAUUUUCUUAGGAUAAGAAGGAUGGGUGAGUGAUGGGUUGUUUCGGAAGUUGUGGUUGUGUUGGUAGAACAAGGGAGUUAUUGGUAGGGGUAGUAGAUUGAGAAGAAGGAAGAGUAUAUGAAGGGAUAAUAUAUGGAGUGGUGGGUAAGUCAUUAGGAGGGUGUCGAGUUUUGUGAUAUGUGAAGGGAAAAAUGGUUUAAAGGAAAACAAUGUCCUUAAAUAUAAGAGAAUUAUACAUGCCACCUUUUAAAUUAUACAUGACACCCUCAUAAAAUAUGUUUUUAUCAUUAUACUCUUGUUUAAAGUCAUUAUUUUUCAAAAAUAUAUGCGUUUUUAUCAAAAAUUUAGGGGGUGUAUCAGAAAUUUCGAAAAAAAUACUAGAUUUUUAGCGGUAUAUUCUUCCCGCCAAAAUCCGCUACCCGCUAAAGUCCGCCUCACCUAUUUGUUAAGCUCGUCUGAGUCGUCUCGAUCCGCUCUUUUUUAGUUAAUUAUAGUAAUUCAA